AUGGUGUGUGGUGAAAGCGGCUUGGGUAAGACGACAUUCAUCAACACGUUAUUCCAGUCGUCGUUGAAGUCGUAUCAGAGUGCUUCGGAAAGACACAACAAGUUUACUCUGGCUCACCAGAAUGUAGACAUCGACAUUGUGAGAGCCAUUUUGGAGGAAAAGAACUUCAAGAUCAGAUUGAACAUUAUCGACACCCCCGGAUUCGGUAACAAUGUUAACAACCACGAUUCAUGGACGCCAAUCAUCGACUUCAUUGACGAUCAGCACGAGUCGUAUAUGAAACAGGAACAACAGCCUUCGAGAAAAGACAAGAAGGACUUGAGAGUACAUGCCUGUCUCUAUUUCAUAAGACCCACUGGACACUCGUUGAAGCCUUUGGACAUUGAGAUCAUGAAGCGUCUUUCCACCAGAGUUAACUUGAUCCCGGUCAUUGCCAAAUCAGACACCUUGUCCCCCUCGGAAUUAGAAACUUUCAAAACGAGAAUCAGAGACGUAAUUGAAGCACAAGACAUUAACAUUUAUACACCACCUUUGGAGUUGGACGACCCUGCCAGUGCCGAACACUCUAAGCAGUUGAUCGAAGCUAUGCCCUUCGCUGUUAUUGGCUCUGAGGAAGAAGUGGAAGUCACUCCAGGUCAAUUUGUAAGAGGUAGAAAGUAUCCAUGGGGCUUGGUUGAAGUGGAAAAUGAACAGCAUUGUGACUUCAAGAAAUUGAGAAGCUUGUUGUUAAGAACCAAUAUGUUGGACUUGAUUUUGUCUACCAACGAGUUCCACUUUGAGACGUUCAGAUCCAUCAAGAUGGGUGGAACAGACGAAGAUGGCGAGGACAACGACAAGGAGUUGACCAACGAGAAUGGCGAGGUGAUCAAGAAGCCUUCCACCUCCAAGAAACCAAGAAGAUUACAUAACCCCAAGUUCAAAGAGGAAGAAGAUGCAUUGAAAAAGUUCUUCACCGAACAAGUCAAGGCAGAGGAACAGAGAUUCAGACAAUGGGAAACCAACAUUGUCAACGAGAGAAAUAGAUUGAACCAGGACUUGGAAGAAAUGCAGACCAAGUUGAAGACGUUGGAGGACCAGGUCAAGAAGUUGCAAUUGGCCAAGCGUUAG